GAAUCUGUUCUCUAGUGGAGAGGUGUCUGGAGCUCGCCUAGGACCAAGGGUGAUGGCAGGAACUUUGAAGAUCUGUACUUAUAGGACCAGGUUUGCGUUGAAGGCCGUCCUAGUCAGGGAACAGUACACCUUCGCCCCUGUGUACUCGGUGCUACGAUAGCUCUGGGUUCGAGUUCUUUUGAACAGUUGUAUUGCUUGACAGAAGGCCGUGUACACAAGCAUGCGUGUUCUGUUCAUUGUGUGCAGGUGAGAUCAUAGUCGGUCGCCCAUUCCGCUCUGACACUGGAAAAUCAUAUCUACUGCAAACAAUGGAUUAAGACAGGGUAAGGCUAUAUAUUACGGCGGGUGAAACAGAUCAUGUCCGUGUCAGAGAUUCGAAAAACGAAGCGUGCUACCAUAAUACGGGGGUGUCCAAACGGUCCGAGCGGUCUCCGAUAGCUGAGACAUUCUUCAGACAUCCAUCGUUCAACCUUGUACGGUCUGCCAGCAGACGUCACCUAUCGUUUCUGCACGCCAUGUUCGCAUUCAAGAAUCAGCCGCUCAAGUUUGCCUACCUCCUCGUCACCGUGCCAGUGCUGCUCUUCAUCCACCUGCCCUGUUGGCUCAUCGUAGCUUCCAUCCCCGCCCUCAGGCCCAGAAGGUCAUAAAGCAUGGUGAAGACUCUGACCCGCUAUGCCUCCGAGACCAGAGGUCGAAUGUACUACAAGAUUGGCCUUUUCACGCCAGAGGGCAACCCGGUCAAGGAUUCGCGCGACCCAGGCGCCACAGGCUUCGUUUGGGUCGACUCCGUCCCGUCUCAGCUGGUGACCGGCGAGAUCGCUAACCUUGCGCACCGCAACGGCGUCAAGCCCGUUGAUGUCUAUGGGUACUGGCAUGGUGCCCGUGACGAGUCUGGAAAGCAUGGUCAGCGCGCCACAAAGGGCGAACGCGUGCUCUACUAUUUACACGGUGGAGCUCAUAUCAUGGGCUCGUCGCAUCCUUCCAGUGUCACAACAGAUGUCACUCGCGGCUCCUUGGAGAAACGCCCCAAGGUUGCGGAGCGCGUAUUCGGCCUCGACUACCGUCUUGCCUCUUCCGCCCCCUACCCGCCCGCGAACCCGUUCCCAGCGGCGACCCUCGGCUUUGAGCCCAGCAACAUCAUCGUGUGGGGCGACUCCUCCGCAGGCCAUCUCGCCAGCAACCUUGUGCGACAUCUCGCCAACCCCGGCAUCCCUUCGCUUCCUCUGCCUGGUGCACUCGUUUUAGUGUCGCCCACGUUGGACUGGACCAACACACACCUCAACACGCCGGCAUCGACUAUGAACGUGAACAAAAAUUCGGACUAUGUUUACCCCCACCUGCUCAGCGGGUACACUCUCACCAGCAUUCGAGGUUCGCUGUCCGAGCACGAGUUCGAGAAGAAUACGUGGAUGUCGCCGGCGUCGCUGAAGCUGGAGCGCACAGAUGGUUUGUUCGCGAACUGCCCGCCGACAUACAUCCUUGCAGGCGAGGCAGAGCAGACGGUGGAUGCGAAGCGCACCUUCCGCGACCGGCUGAUUCACGACAGCGGGAAGGACAAAGUGCACUACGCCGAGUAUCAGGACAUGUACCAUGGCUGGCUUGCAAUGUCUUGGAUGGAGCCAGAGAGGUCACAGGUGUACAGGGACAUCAAUGCGUGGCUGACUGGGAUCUGGGGCUUGUAACUUUGGUGUGCCGAAGAGGGUGGCGCAUGGCGUAGGUCGUUGUGAUGAAGGGGCUCUAGCAUCCAUGCCUUUCUCCUGUUGUUUCUGCAUUCACACAUCUUUUGACUCUGUGCAGGACGCCAUCUUCACUGGUGGUUCCUCAUUCCCAUUUCUCUUGUUCUUUGUUCAUGUCUAUCCUUACAAAUAUCUCAGCUUGAUAUCAACAGUAGUAGUCAGCGUUGCAAAAUAGGAUAAAAUGUAUAACGGCCCGUUUGCACUUACAUUUCUGACG